GUGUUUAUAAAUUUUAUACAUAGUGAUAAAUAUCAUUAUCGAUGUUAAAGUUACCAGCUAAUGUGGAAGAUGUACACUGUCUCCCUCAGAUGAGUCUAUAGAGGCAGAUAUGCACUCUUUAUCACAAUGGCAGAAACAGACACAUCUUUUGCUGUGUGAUACACAGCAGUAACUGAGGUAAAUCUGCUGUAGCUGAGUGAAAGAUAUGUUAGAUAACUGAGGAAAUACAGCAUUACUGAGGUAAAUCUGCUGUAGCUGAGUGAAAGAUAUGUUAGAUAACCGAGGAAAUACAGCAUUACUGAGGUAAAUCUGCUGUAGCUGAGUGAAAGAUAUGUUAGAUAACCGAGGAAAUACAGCAUUACUGAGGUAAAUCUGCUGUAGCUGAGUGAAAGAUAUGUUAGAUAACCGAGGAAAUACAGCAUUACUGAGGUAAAUCUGCUGUAGCUGAGUGAAAGAUAUGUUAGAUAACUGAGGGAAUACAGCAUUACUGAGGUAAAUAUGCUGGUGGCUGAGGGAAAAAUGGCAUACUGUGGUAAAUAUGCUGGUGGCUGAGGGAAAAAUGGCAUACUGUGGUAAAUCUGCUGGUGGCUGAGGGAAAUACAGCAUUACUGAGGUAAAUCUGCUGAUGGCUGAAAGAAAUACAGCAUUACUGAGGUAAAUCUGUCGGUGGCUGAAAGAAAUACAGCAUUACUGAGGUAAAUCUGUCGGUGGCUGAAAGAAAUACAGCAUUACUGAGGUAAAUCUGCUGGUGGCUGAGUGGAAUAUGGCAUUACUGAGAUAAAUCUGUCGGUGGCUGAGGGAAAUACGGCAUUACUGAGGUAAAUCUGUCAGUGGCUGAAAGAAGUACAGCAUUACUGAGGUAAAUCUGCUGGUGGCUGAGUGGAAUAUGGCAUUACUGAGAUAAAUCUGUCGGUGGCUGAGGGAAAUACGACGUUACUGAGGUAAAUCUGUCAGUGGCUGAGGGAAAUACAGCAUUACUGAGGUAAAUCUGUCGGUGGCUGAAAGAAGUACAGCAUUACUGAGGUAAAUCUUUUGGUGGCUGAGGGAAAAAUGGCAUACUGUGGUAAAUCUGGUGGCUGAGGGAGAUUUGGCAUUACUGAGGUAAAUCUGCUGAUGGCUGAGGGAAAUACAGCAUUACUGAGGUAAAUCUGCCAGUGGCUGAGUGGAAUACGGCAUUACUGAGGUAAAUCUGUCAGUGGCUGAAAGAAAUACAGCAUUACUGAGGUAAAUCUGCCAGUGGCUGAGUGGAAUACGGCAUUACUGAGGUAAAUCUGUCAGUGGCUGAGGGAAAAAUGGCAGCCCAUGUCACUUUCCAAUCCAUGGCGUUACCCCAUUUGGUGCAUGCUUCCUAUUAGCUCAUCGCCACUGUUCUGCAGAUCCUUUCCUCCUCCACUGGCGCUCUCACCUUAUCUUGGACUAGGUGAUGCUUCCCUUUCCCUUGGGUGAUGUUAAUAUGUGGGGUAGGAAAAGAUCCAGCUCUGUCUUGAUUCACCACUCCCACCAGACUGUUGUGAUGGGGCUGCGUCUCUGCCUGCAGAACAUCUUCCUUUCCUCUCUACUACCUCCCUGUUCUCACCUCAAUUUCAGCUUUGGCCAUCUUCGGAUUUCUUCCAAGCAUGUGAUGGUCAAUUGCUUGUUGCUGUGCCCUUAGAGCGUGGUGCUAUUGAGGCUCCUUCGUAGCCCCAGCCGUCUUCUGAGAUGACUGCUGACUGUUCUCUCUGAUGGCUUUGCUGUCAAUAUUGGCAUUUCGUAGACUAGGAGAGGCCACAAGAUCCAAAUGGUCCAUGUAAAUUCUGUAUUACUGCAGAAUAUUGUAGUUUUAAAUAAGAAAAAUCAAUUAUUAUCAAUAAUGUUGUCCUGAUGUGAUUACAACCUCAUAUUUAAUUGCAAACAGUAUAAAGACAAUAUAGCAAAUGUUGAAACUUCGAAACGUUGUUUUUUGAAAUAUGUAUGCCUAUUUGAAUUUGAUGCUGGCAACAAAUUGGCUGACCUAUUACAAAACCUAUAACUCCUAAUAAAAAAUCUAAUAAUCUACUACAAACUCUGUAAACUCUAAUAAAAAUCCUAAUGACCUACCACAAAUCCUAUAAACCCUAAUAAAAAUCCUAAUGACCCAUUACAAACGCUAUAAAACCCUAUUAGAAACCCUAUGCCUGAAUUUUUUAACAGGACAUCGGGGUAUAAGAAAUUCUCUAUUCUCUAGAAAUUAUUAAUACAGAUUACAGUUCGGAUUACAGGCGUCUAUUCACUUCUAUAGUCAGGAAAUCUGAGACAUACUCCACCAUAGUCAGUGCUUAUGCUCAUACUGCCCAGAAGAGGGCACUGCUGCAACACUUUGCACGUGAUGCGCCUCAAACCAAAGACAGAAGAAGAAGAAAAAGAGGAGGCGGUAGAAGAAGAAGAGGAAGAAGAAGAGAACCACACUGUUACACAAACAGUGUUCAGAUUCAGCUCAGAGUGAGGGAGAGCAGCCAGUCAGCUGGUCAGAGAACUCUCUCCUCAUUAGUUUUCAGUCUGGGACAGAGUUGGAUUGGGAUGUUUACUCUGUGAGCUCUGAGAGGGAAAUCUGUGAAAAUGUCCAGUGUUAAAGAGGAGUGUGAGGAUAUCAGUGUGAUGGAGGCGACUGGACUGAAGACAGAAGACCAGCAGAUGGACAAAGAGGACGUAUUACAAGACAUCAAAGAGGAACAUAAACCAGAAGUAACUCCAUUUCAGGAGGAAUAUAUCUCACAGGAAUCUCACCAAAACACUGAGCCUGGAAACAGCUUCAGUGAUUCUUCCCAUCAGAAGGAUCACCUGAGAAUUCAUACUGAAGAAGAAGCUUUCAGCUGUUCACAGUGUGGGAAGAGCUUCACCUCUGAGAGAGCUCUGAAACGCCACAUGGACGUCCAUGACGGAACGAGACCUCAUCAGUGCUCUCAGUGUGAGUGGAGCUUCAAACGAUUCCCGGAUUUAAAACGGCAUGAAAAAACUCACACUGGAGAAAAGGCUUUCCCUUGCUCUCGGUGUGGAACCCGCUUCUCAUUACCAAGAUUUCUUAAAACCCACAUGUUGAUUCAUAAUGGAGAAGAGCCGUUCACCUGCUCGGAGUGCGGAAAAUGUUUCUCGGCUCCAAGCCAUCUUGAAAAACAUGCAAAAAUUCAUACCGGAGAAAAGCCGUUUACCUGCUGCGAGUGCGGAAAACACUUUAGACAAUCCUGCAGCCUUAAAAUUCACAUGAUGAUUCAUACUGGAGAGAAACCAUAUACCUGCUCUGAGUGUGGAAAAGGCUUCUCAGUGCCAAGCCAUCUCAAAAAACAUGCAAAAGUUCAUACUGGAGAGAAGCCAUUUUCAUGCUGUAAGUGCGGAAAACGUUUUACAAAACCAUGCAGCCUCAAAACCCACUUGCUGAUUCAUAAUGGAGAAACGCCAUUCAUCUGCUCAGAGUGUGGAAGAGGCUUUUCAACUCCAUCUGGCCUUAAAAGCCACCUAAAGAUUCACACUGGAGAAAAGCCUUAUACCUGUACUGUGUGUGGGAGGAGUUUUUCAGCAUUACAUAUCCUUGUAAACCACAUGAGGAUUCACACUGGAGAAAGGCCUUUUAUCUGCUCUCACUGUGGAAAAGGCUUUAAGCAGGUUAGCACUCUAAAUAAACACCAGAAGAGAUUUCACGAAACAGGGUAGGUCACCUAGUUUGAACUCUCUUAAAAAUAUAUAGGUUCUAUAUUCUAUAUAUAGGUUAAUAUAUUGGUUCUAAAUACUAUUGAAUAGUAACAAAUACAGAUGGAACAACAACAGACAAUUCCACACACACGUUUUCCAAACCGCUUAUCCUUCUGGAUCAAGGGGGAUGCUGGAGUCUAUCCCAGCAGUCAAUGGUUGGAAGGCAGGAAACACCCUGGACAGGUCAGUAGUCCAUCGCAGUGC